AUGCUGGAAUUCCGAACGAAACUGCAGAAAUAUCAGCUGGCAACGCUGAUAUCAUCGGUUCUUUCCAACGCGCUUCUGUUCAUCGCAACACUCACUCCGGCCUGGCAGGUACAUAACUUUUUUUAAUAAAAAGUUAGUAAAUACUGUAGGUUGCUGACGACUUGGAUGCCAAUCGAUAUGUGCAAUCCGGAUUGUGGCUGUAUUGUCCGGGACAAGCGCAAUGCUGGUACAUUUUCAGUGACACUUUGAUCAAUUACUAUGAGAAAGUUGGUUCAAAACCAAGGAAAACAUGAAUCAUUUCAAUUUCCAGGUGGAUGUCUGUCGAUUCUUCCUGAUUGGCGACUGUAGAAAGAAACUUUUGAGAACUCCCUACUUUUUUGGAUGGCACUACGCCGUUCUCAUCCUCAACUGCUGUGCUAUGACGUUUAUGACAAUAGGAAUCGCGGCAAUCAUCGUUUCGUACGUGAAACCGAAUCGAGCAAAGAUUGCAGUUAUUAUCUGCGACGGAGUGAUUGGAUUCUCCAGUGAGACUUCUGAAAAGAGACUCUAACAUUGAUACUAUAGCUUUUCAGGUUUACUCCUCGGAAUCUCUCUCGCUGUUUUCAUGGCAAACGCUGAAAUGCUCGAGUCCAAGUAUCUCAUAGGAAUCAAGAAUACGUUCGAGGUGGAGGCUUAUGUGAAAUCUAGAUUAAAACUAGGGAAUUUACAGAAACAGUACGGAUAUUCGUUCUACCUCGCCGGUCUCGCGUUCGUUAUCUCAAUCUUCGCUAUUCUGUUCGCCGUUCUCGUCACCACUUACACAUUUUUCUUUGUGGAAGAAGUUGCGGAGAGUCAGUACUCGUUGAAAAUGUCGAAUAGUCAAUUUGCGGGGAGUUACAACCACUAUCCACAGCAAUCUUACAAAAAUCAGUACCAGCCACCGCAAUCUCAGUUGAGCAUGGCUGUGAGUUACAGUUUUACUGUUUUGUCUUCAGAAAAAGUGUGAUAUUUUAGAUCCCACCCACUGAACAUGGAAGUUUCAUUUCUGGAGCCAUAUCCCCUCGCGGAGAUUUCAAGUCGCAAACGAGGCACUUCUACAGCUACUAA